AAAAUCGCCAUUAUUAUUCAUCUUGUAAUUCUAAAUUCUAAACAUGGCCGUCCUGCGUACGUAAAUAGCGGCGAAAAGGCCGAAAAGUGCAAAAUCGGCGAUUAAAUUGCUUAUUCUGGCUAGAAAUUUAUUAUGAAUCAUACGGCUCGCCGGCUUCGCAGUGAGUCUGCAAAUCCUCAUCUACAGGCCAUCUACCCAAACCAAAAACCAGCUUGUUUCCUUGCCCUCCUGAUUUCGAGCAAGCUCACCUACUGCAUCGGUGUCUUUCUAGCCUACGACAUCCUCAGACAACUCCACGUGAUUCCUCUUCUUUGUCUUCUGAAACUGAUAGCUGGAUGCCUCUUUGUCAUUGUCCAGAAGCCUCUUACAAAUGGUCAGCCACUCACUGAGGCCCAAUGGCUACAAACAAUCUACCUGGCUGUGGGCCGAGUGUUGGUUUCCAUCCUCUGGUUCUAUGGAAUCAGCCUCAGUGGCCCGUUCAGGGCCAUUCUAGUCUGCGAGCAGUACGACUUUGUGGUCGUGGCAGGAUUUACGGCUUUGACCUCAGGAGCGGGUGGUAAUUCUGCCUUCAGGGGCGCCCUGACCUUUCUAAUAGGCCUACUGGUUCUGCUCUUUUUGGACCACGAUGAGGGAAAUUUGCACCCAGACGCAGAUCACACCAGUUCUGGAGGAUCGUGGAUUGGCUUGGCAGACCACAAGGUUGGAGUUAUUUUGAUGGUUUUGGUCAUGCUUGUCCAAGUAGGAGUGAAUUCGAUUGCGAACAAACUUGGCUCCUCUCUUGGUGGACAAAAGAGAAUCCACUCGUUGACAACAGUUUUUGAAGGCAUUAUUUUGAUUCCUAUUUCUGUGUUCAUUUAUGCUUACAAGGGAGCAUCUCCAGAUUUUACCCUAUCUACGUACAUCAUGCCCAUGAUAACAUCUGCUAUUUGCAUUUACUUCCUAGAGUUCUACAUCAACAGUUUCACUCUCCAAAGACUUCAGCCAACGCAAGUGGCGCGAGUUGGCUCGAUUUCUGUCUUCCUGUCCUCGCUCCUCUGCGCCUACCUUUGGAGCAGCGCUGCUAAUCAAGUGACAAAAGCCGACCCAACUUCAUACACGGUGGCUGACCAUUCAUUGUCAGGUGGAAGCAUUUUCGCCUGCAUUCUCUUCAUAUUAGCAUCUCUAAGCUUAACGUCAGAUGCAAAGCAGGGGACCAAGGGCUCCUUCAUAGGUUAUUCAGAAACAGGCCUGCCCCUAUACAGCUUUAGGAACAGCGCUCUGCACCAAACCUCUAAGUCAUUUGUCAAUUUGUGCACCACAAUUGUGAAGCAAAUCUUAGCUAAUCAAAACAGUCGAAAGAUUUUCUACUUUUUGUGUGUAAAUAUGGCUUUCACUGUGGUGGAGUUUGUCUAUGGAGUUUGGACAAACAGCCUCGGACUGAUAUCUGACGGAUUCCACAUGCUCUUUGACUGCUCAGCCCUAAUUAUGGGCCUGGUUGCUUCAGUAAUGGCAACAUGGAAACCCUCCAGGACAUUUUCUUAUGGUUACAAUAGAGUUGAAGACUUGUCGGGUUUUGUCAAUGGCCUGUUCCUGCUUGUGAUUUCUUUUGGAGUGUUCACUGAGGCAGUCAGCAGACUUUUCGACCCACCAGAUAUUAACACGAAUCAAUUACUGGCAGUCUCAUUUGCUGGGCUCUGCGUCAAUUUGCUGGGAAUCCUUGCAUUUCGCCACAAUCCAGGCGGUUCUCACGGACAUAGUCACGGAGGUGGACAUCAUGGACACUCGCACAAUUCAAAUAUGGAAGGUGUAUUCUUGCACAUCUUGGCUGACACAAUGGGAAGCGUUGGCGUAAUAAUUUCAUCGCUGCUGAUUGAAAAUUUUGGCUGGUACAUUGCGGACCCGAUCUGCUCCAUUCUGAUUUCCAUCCUUAUUUUCCUGAGCGUUAUUCCUCUUUUGAAAAACUCUGCUUAUGUCUUGCUCCUGCGCGUUCCUCCAAAGGCACUCAAAGAAAUGACAACCGGAUUUAAAAGAGUCCAAGCAAUUGAUGGUGUUGUUGGAGUAAAGGACCCCUACCUAUGGCAGCACACCAGCUCUGCCAAUAUUGGAACGCUGAGGGUGCAAGUUUCGCUAGACGCUGUGGAACAACGUGUUGUCCAACAGGUCACUGCAAUUUUCAAGAGCAUGGGUUUCACGGAAUUCACUACCCAAGUGGAAAAACCAGACUUUCCACUGCAUUUGACAAACCUAGGUGUCAACUACAACAGCAUUUCCAAAAUUGCUGGCCAUUUUGACAAUAAGUUGCUUUCCAAUCCCGACGCCGUUGUCAACGUCAAGUUUGUAUAGGUUUGUUUCGAAUGCUAUUUGGAAGGUCUCCAGCUCUGAUUUUCAAACCGCAGUGGAAAUUUUUUUUAUCUUGUUAAUUCCAUCCUUUUUGCAUUUUAUACGGUUACGUCAUUAUGCUUGUUAAUAUUAAAAAUUGUGUUUGCUCUGAAGCUAGCCAAUUUUUAUUGGAAUCAUAAUAAAACUCUGAAAUUAAAAUGAAUCAUCCUCUU